AUGUCUACAGUUUAUUCCGUAAAUCCCGAUGAUUUCGUGAUGAGACUCAACAAUCUCUUGCAAGCCCAAGGAAAACUGAAUACUCUUAGUUGGAAGGAAUCAGCUUCGGGUCCUGCUCAUGGCCCGGAAUGGACAAUCUCGGCUUUCAGUGGGUCAAACACUACUCUAUGGUUAUAA